CAUUACCUCGUCCGACCGCUUCUUAAACUUGUUAUAAAAGAAAAUCCAGAGGUCUCUCUCUCUCCCGAAAGAAUGGCCUCCAUUCCUCUCCUCCGCCUCUCAGCCACCGCUAACCUCAUCAGUUCACGGUCGGCCCUCUUCCAUGACCCGCCCAAAUUCAUACGUACGGCACCGCCGAAGCGGAGCAGCACCAUCACCCGCAUGUCGUACAACCCAACCCCAGCCACAGAUCGAUUAAUCUCAGCCGUGUCUUACACCCUCCCCUUCUUCAACUCCCUCCAGUACGGCAGGUUCCUCUUCCUCCAAUACCCACCUCUUGGAUCCCUCUUCGACCCUCUUCUCCCUCUCCUCUCCCUCUACAGGUCCAUCCCCUACGCCUCCUUCGUUGCCUUCUUUGCCCUCUACCUGGGCGUCGUCAGGAACCCGGCUUUCAGCCGCUACGUCAGGUUCAACGCUAUGCAGGCCGUCACUCUAGACGUGCUCCUCGUGCUGCCCUUGUUGCUCCAGCGGGUCCUCAGCCCAGGCCGCUCCGGGCUCGGCUUCAGGGUCAUGGUCUGGGCUUACAACGUGCUGUUUGUGUUCAGUGUUUUGUGUUUUGUUUAUAGCUUCGUGUGUUGUGUUCUCGGCAGGACCCCCUACCUGCCAUUCGUUGCUGAUGCUGCUGGUAGGCAGAUCUAGUUAUUAGUAGUUGUCUUUUUGUUUGUAAGUUGGGCAUUCCUUCGAACAGCUGGUGUGCGAGGCAUUUUACCAAACAAUGCUGCUUAUUUUCAGUAGUAUGUUGUCUUUGUGUUUGGUAGGGAAAUCUGGGUGUACACCCUUUUCUUUAUUUCUUCCUCUUUUCUUAAAGUUUUGGACGCAAAAACUAUUUAGGCGCAGGGAACAAGUAUUUGGAUGGGUUUCUCCUUGUUAUUUCUUCAAACAGAUGGCGAAUGGGGUUUGGAUAGUAGUAUAACUGAUUAACCGUAGGAUACAAGUGAUUGAAGCACGAGGUACAAGUUGCUGUGAUGAUGGGGUAAUUUAUUUCUUUAUGAUGGGGGAAGUUUGUUUGCGAGGAUAAUGUACUUGUUUUGUUCUGGCUCUGUGUUCUUUGUUUGGUUGAGUUGAGAUCCAGGAGAUUGUUGUUAUUUUGGUUAAUAUUUUGUGUUUUAGGUUUUUCAAUGCAAUUAUGGAAAAUUGAAUGCUC